AUGCAGGUAGCUGGGGCUCUUAAGCAAAAAGGUAACGCAUGCUUCAACAACGGGGACAUUGAUGGCGCAGCAGCAGCCUACCAAGAAGCCAUUGGCCUUCUAUUGCAGGAGAAGAAGGGGAAGAAGAUGCCGGAGGAAAAGAAUGGCGUCACACAUGACAUUGUCGGUGGUGCCGGGGAGUUGCUUGCAGUUUUGUAUUCAAAUUUAAGUAACCUUUAUAACAUUAAAGGAGAUUAUGAGGUGAGCUGGAAAGCUGCUCAGCAGGCGACGAUUUACGAUCCCACCUUUGCAAAGGGGUGGCUCCGUUACAUACAGGGAAGGCGAAUGGACGGAUACCCCUUUGAGGCCUUCGUGACGCUAUUGCGACGGCUUCGACCUCUACUACGGAACUCUGCACCGUCCACUCUACCGAAGCAAAUUGCGGGUGAUGUGGCGCUGGUGGAGGCACCACUAUACGAUGAUUUGGGUCUCUCCAGGGUGUUGCCUCACAUUGAGCUGGAUGAAUAUGAGGGUGGUGUUGGCAUUGUCGCUCGCAGGGCGGUGAAACCCAACGAAAUUAUUCUCGUGGAAAAACGGUUUGAAACCUCCUUUGCAGAAAUGGAUCUCGGCGCCCAGAGCGAUCUGACAACCAUGGGGAUUGUAACUCACUUUGCAAAGAAAAUGUAUCCGCACCAGUGUUCUCAUUCGGAGACAUGGGUUCGGUUUAACAAGCAGUUCAAGGGCUGCUGGCCACGCCGUCCAGAGGAAAUCUCGGCUGACGUUCGAAGUGAGCUUUCUCAUGCACUGCGAAGCCAGCUACCCGAGAUGGGUGACGAUGACUUUGAAUCGCUAUUUACUCUGGCAGUCAUUUGUCGGUACAAUUGUUUUCACUCCGGUUUUUUUCGUGCGUGCGCAUUGGCCAACCACAGCUGCCACGCGAAUGCCGCCAUGAAGUACAACCCGGAGGAUGAGACGGUAACACUUAUUGCCGUGCGGCCUAUAAGUGCUGGGGAUUUUGUGAAUGUCAAAUACCUCAGAAACGCCCACUUCCUU